AUGGCGCAACACACGUUCAAUCGCCAACUACCAGCCCAAAGCUAUGGCCUCGUGUCAUUCCCAGCACAACACGUUAUGCUCGUGGUCUUCAACCGACCCAAAGCCCUCAAUGCAAUGACCAGCGACGCAGAAUAUGAGCUCGAAGCUCUCUGGGAGUGGUACGACGACGAGCCCUCACUGCGCUGCGCCAUCGUCACAGGCGCUGGGCGUGCAUUCUGCGCUGGCAUGGACCUCAAGGAAUGGAACCAGAUCAAUCAGCGCAAACGAGACGGAAUUCCCGAGAAGAGACCCAUGGACCCGCCCACGACGGGAUUUGGCGGCCUUUCGCGUAGGAGCGGAAAGAAACCCAUUAUCGCCGCUGUAAAUGGCCUGGCGAUGGGAGGCGGUUUCGAGAUCAUCGCCAAUCUGGACCUCAUUGUCGCUGCGAAGAGCGCUACUUUUGCUCUUCCUGAGGCUAAGAUUGGUGUCGUUGCUAAUGCAGGUUCUCUACCAAGACUAGCAAGAACAAUUGGCCGCCCGCGCGCCACUGAAAUGGCUCUCACAGGGCGGAGCAUCAGUGCUGCAGAGGCCCGCGAAUUUGGCUUUCUCAACGCCAUUACUGAAGACGCCCCAGCGGACAGCGAUGUGCUGGAGCGACCAGUGGUGCAAAAGGCGCUGGAGUACGCUGCGCUCAUUAUCAAGAAUAGUCCCGAUAGUGUUAUUGUGUCUCGCGCGGGUAUCCUUGCUGGCUGGGAGCAUGGGAGUGCUGAGAAUGCAGUCCGGGUGCACCGUCAGACGUGGGACAAGAUCAUGGCUGAUGGGCACAAUUUCCACGAAGGCGUGCAGGCCUUUGUGGAGAAGAGGGCUCCGAGAUGGGUGGAUAAGCUAGCCACGGCGGUUUCAGACACUGAGAAGUACCUUACAGACGGGUUCAAAUUGUUCAGUGGCUUGUGGUGUGACGCCAUGGCAAGCUCGUAUAAUGAACUUAUCAAUCACCCCACCACACGAAAACAAAAAAAUGUCGCCUCGGCUUCAUGGGGGUCAUCACUUCAUCCACUACGUCCCCGCCGACAUGUCGAUUAUUACUACUCUCCGUAUGGUAACGGGACGAAGAGAAACCCUGUUUUCUCUUGGGUUGCAACGCUGUUACAUGGCGCGGUGGAGAGGCCUGCAACUCGACCACUUCGGCCAGGGCCAGUCCUUUUCACUUUCAUCGAACCAUUUGCUACAUGCGAUACCACGCGGAUGAAUCCUUUACCAGAGCUCUGGCUCUGCGGCAUGCGUUCAUGCGAACGUGUAUUCCCCCCCUGA